GUUGCGGACUAAGAAGCGGCCUAAAACUUCGGCGUUGAGUGAAAGAAAAUGGCCCGAACCAAGCAGACUGCUCGCAAAUCCACGGGUGGGAAAGCGCCCCGCAAACAGCUGGCCACUAAAGCUGCCAGGAAAAGUGCCCCCUCUACCGGCGGGGUGAAGAAGCCCCAUCGCUACAGGCCCGGGACCGUUGCGCUUCGAGAAAUCCGUCGUUACCAGAAAUCGACCGAGCUUCUGAUCCGGAAGCUGCCUUUCCAGAGGUUGGUGAGGGAGAUCGCCCAGGAUUUCAGAACCGACCUGAGGUUUCAAAGUGCAGCCAUCGGUGCGCUGCAGGAGGCUAGCGAAGCGUACCUGGUGGGUCUAUUUGAAGAUACUAAUCUGUGUGCCAUCCACGCUAAGAGAGUCACCAUCAUGCCCAAAGACAUCCAGUUGGCUCGCCGGAUACGGGGAGAGAGAGCUUAAGGGAAGGCAGUUUUUACGGUGUUUUGUAGUAAAUUCUGUAAAAUACUUUGGUUUAAUUUGUGACUUUUUUUGUAAGAAAUUGUUUACAAUAUAUUGCAUUUGUACUUAAGUCAUUCCAUCUUUCACUCAGGAUGAAUGCGAAAAGUGACUGUUCACAGACCUCAGUGAUGUGAGCACUUGCUCAGGAGUGACAAGUUGCUAAUAUGCAGAAGGGAUGAGUGAUAUUUCUUGCUUCUCAUGAUGCAUGUUUCUGUAUGUUAAUGACUUGUUGGGUAGUUAUUAAAGUACUAGAAUGAUAUAUGUGUACAGUAUCUUUUUGCAAUAAAACUGGUUAUGACUUGAUCCAAGUGUUUAACAAUUGGGGCUGUUAAGUCUGACCAUGCAUCACUGUGAUAGAAUGUGGGCUUUUUCAAGGGUGAAGAUACAA